AUGACGGCGGAGCCUGGCACGGACGACCUGAAUAGCAUCGACAUCGAGCAUCUGAAGGUUGUGGUCGCGUUAGAGGAAUCAGGUCGACGACGCAGUGUAUAUGCUUACAAUGCAAGGCCAUUCUCGGACAGCCCCAACCGUCUCCCUGGGAUCACCCGCGCGUCGAGCGAGACCCUCGUGAAGACCCUCAAGGACGACCACGUCAAGUGGCACGCGUUUUUCAAUGACCGCGGCUUCCACAACCACGCUUCCCACCACCUCAUCGCCAUAUAUGCGCUCGGUGCGUCGGGCCCGCUCAUCGAGGUGGCGUACGCGACCCAUGUCUCCUUCUACAACUCCUACCUCGAGUACUUCCGCGCCGUCCUGCUCAAGAAGAGCCCGGCCGAGGUCCUGGAGGAGUACAUUUUCUCCGCCAAAGCCAACAUCGGCGGGCCCGGCAUCGAAGGACACCCGCGGAUGCUGAACCGCUUCCUCGCGGCGGUCGUGCACCCCAUCAUCUACGUCGGUUACGGACUCGAGUUCAACAUCCUCGGCUUGACCGCUGAAGGCAUCGCCCAGACCUUCAUCCACCACGACGAUGGAGGCGACCACCUAGUCCCGCCCUCUCUCUUCGACGAGGCGUAUGGGCUGAGUCGCCUCGUUCCCAGCCUGUCGCUCAACAGCAGCGGGCCUAAGAAGGCAGUCCACGCCUUCGACAUCCUCUCCCGCGUUCUUGCCGACGACCAGUUCGCCCCCUCGAACGUCGGCGUGCCGCUCAAGGAGAUCAUCGGCCAACUCUUCGUGCAUGUCACCACCAAGGUCGGUGACGCCGUCAGCGCGCUCGCCGCGGAGUGGGUCGCGGAUCUCCAGGGUGGCGCCAGCGCGACGCCCGAGGCGCUGUCCGCCAAGGUCGAGCAGCUCAUCUGGACGAACGCGAUCCUCUACGGGGUCGGCGGCUGGGUCGCGCGCGAGAACUCGCCGUUCAAAAAGUUCAACGCCGACUUCUUCCUGUGCCAUGCACCUCGUCACCUCCUCCAUCUUCCUCCCCACUUCAUCCACACCCUCUCCCCGCGCGCCUCCGUCCUCCUCCUGCAGUCCUACUUCUCCAUGGGCCUCUGCUGGUACAUCGGCCAGGGCCGCGGCGCGCUCGACCUCCCCGGCUUUUACGCCGCAACCACCACGACCCCUGCGCCACCCCUCCCUCCCCCCGCUCCGCACGCGAUCACGCUUACCCCCGAUGACGCCGCGCCGAACCCGUGGCUGCCGCUCGUGCAGAGCACGCUCGUCCACCCCGCGGAGCACCUCUGCAAGAUCACGCGCGCGCUCCUGCACGGAGCGAUGGCGUACGGCGGGCGCGUCCCCGCCGAUUUCGCCGGGACGGCGCUCGCGGGCGCGGGGGACGUGCUCGACGGCUCGCUCUUCGUCCGCGUCGCGGGGCUCACGCAGGACCGGAUCGGGUGGCUCAGUUCUCAUCCGCCCUCGCACCACGAGCCCCACCAAGUCAAACCGGGGUCGAGCCGGGAGUACUACUCACGCUUCGGGUUCCGGUCUGUCGUCCACCGCAAUGACCGCUAG